AUGAUACAGCAAAAAAAUGCAUCUAAUCUUCUUGAUGAAUAUUUAAUUGAUCUAUUUAAUAAAAUUGGAAUAAAUCAUAAUAAUGAAUUAAUUAAUAAAUGUCAAUAUAAUAUAAAUGAAUUAAAUUAUUUAAUUAAAAAUAAAUUUCUUCAAUUAGAUAAACAAUUAUCUUAUUUAGUUAAUGAUCAAAGUGGAUCUAUUUCUAUAAUAUCUUUAAUUGGACCUUUAUUUAUUUAUUUAAUUAAUGUUGGCAAUUCUCGUGAAAUAAUUAUUUCAAAUGAUGGACAACUAUUAGCAUUUACUAAAGGUUAUAUUCAUAUUUAUUUAAUUAUUUAA